UACUCCGAGUUCUACAUAGACCAAAUUUUGCUAUAAAUACAGACCAUCUUUGGGAUAGAAAUCAUCACUAAAUUUUAUCACUUCUUCUCUAUCCUUGCUUUCUCUCCAGACCCAAGUUGAAGAACUCUGAGUUCUUGCUUUAUAACUCACAAAUUAUCUUCCAAAGCCAUCAAGUACACAGUCUUUUCCAGAGAUAUGGGCAACUGCUGCAGAUCUUUUGCUAGAGAGGUGGACAGUGAGAGGCAGGGAAGCACUUCUGUUCCUGUGCAUGCUAGUAAUGAUGGAAGGGGAGAGUCUCAGCGCGCUUUCCGCGGGCUCCAUCCGGGCUCUGGAAGAGUUCUUAGAGGCAGUGAGGCUGAGCUGGUUGCGGCGGGGUGGCCUUCAUGGAUGGUUCAGGAUGUUGGUGAAGCUUUCAGGGGAUGGGUGCCAAGAAAAGAGCAUUCUUUUCACAUCAUUGAGAAAAUUGGUGAAGGGGCAUACAGCACAGUCUACCGGGCUCUUGAUAUAGAGAAAAGGAGAAUUGUUGCAUUGAAGAAAAUAAAAUUAAACAAUCUAGAGGCUGGAAGUAUUCGCUUCAUGGCAAGGGAGAUCAACAUCUUACGCAGGCUAAAUCAUCCAAACAUAAUUAAAUUGGAAGGUUUAAUUGCGUCAGAGAGGUCCCGCAAUUUCUUCCUCGUUCUCGAGUAUAUGGAACAUGAUCUUGCAGGACUUGCUUCCCGGCCUGGUCUAAAGUUCACAGAGCCUCAGAUCAAAUGUUUCAUGAAGCAACUGUUAUGCGGCCUUCACCAUUGUCAUAGUCAGGGCAUAUUGCAUCGGGAUAUUAAAGGUUCCAACCUUUUGUUAGACCACAAUGGACAAUUAAAGAUAGCAGACUUCGGUUUAGCAAACUAUUAUGAUCCAGAGCAAUAUCGCCCACUGACAAAUCGUGUAGUUACCCUUUGGUACCGCCCACCUGAGCUCUUGCUUGGUGCCACUUCUUAUGGCACUGCUGUAGAUAUGUGGAGUGCUGGUUGUAUUCUUGCUGAGUUAUAUGCAGGACAACCUAUUUUUCCUGGAGAAACGGAGGUGGAUCAAUUGCAUAGAAUAUUCACGCUUUGUGGCUCACCUUCAGAGGACUACUGGAGCUUACUGAAUCUGCCUCCUGCAGACAUCUACAAUCCUCAAACACGUCUUAGGAGACGUGUUGCAGAAUAUUUCAGCGGCUUAUCUGCACCAGCAUUAGCACUAAUUGAGACCCUGCUUUCUCUAGAACCUUCAGCUCGACGGUCUGCAAGGCAUGCUUUAAACAGUGAUUUCUUUUGGUCAGAACCGCUCCCUUGCAAACCUGAAGAAUUGCCAAAGUAUCCUCCAAGCAAAGAGCAACAUGCCAUAGCUCGAUAUGAGGAAGCGAGAAGGCAAGCGGCUGGAGGAUCCGAGGGCGACACGUAUGAUUUCAAAGGAAAGGGAACAAUGGACAAUCAAUUUGUUUCAGCACUUAAUAUUAAUGCAGCAUUAUACCGAUCAAUGCUGGCAAGUUUCGUAAUAUUAUUGAUAAAUUUUUUGCGCCUGGUUUCUAUAUUGAUCCAGUCUCUACACUUAAUAAUCUUUUUGCAUCCAUAUUUAUUGAGUGGGUAAAAAAAUUCUAUGCAGAGGAGAAGGACUCAGGACAAUCCUGAAGCUGGUUCCCCAUCUCCAAUAGAGUUACCUCGACCUGAAGAAAUCAGUGGCACGUCACAUUCUGGAGCGUGGGCUCAGAAUAACAAUUAUGCAUCUGCACAAAUAGUUUCAAAUGCAAGACAGCAUCCAGCUUACGAUCGCGUGCCAAGACAGAAUGACAGCAGGCAUCAGCAAAGUACUGCAUUCUAUGCAAAUGAGGAAGUGAGGAACAGCUACAGAGAUCCAGUUCGCCCUGGAUACGAGUACGGUGCAAGCAGCAGCAGCAGCAGGAUUUACUACUCAAGACCUCUUCCUCCUCCGGUACGCAGGCCUGAUGAGAUACCAAGACCUCAUCCAACUCUAGCAAGCAAUGCUGAGGAGAUGCCAUCGAGACGUCUGCCAGCUCCAGCAGGCAGACCUGAUCCAAGGAUACCAAGGCCUCCUCGAGCUCCUGUACGCAGGACCUGAUCAGAUCCUGAUAAACGAAGUGAACCAAACGAAAGUCCAGGUGUAUCCGCAACCCAGGAACGAAUCUAGUAAGAGACACAGGGACACAUGUCUCCUAUUUUUUUAAUUUUUUCGCCAUUCUAGAUAUACAAAAUUAUAGAAAUGCCCUCAAAAAAUUUGAAAAUAUACAAGUGUUUUCAAAAAAUUUGUUUGGUUCCUCCGAGACAUUCCUCCUAAAUCCGCC